AAGGAUCGGAGAAACCCAAAGAUCCCUCCCUCCGCGAAUCCACGCGCGGACGAGACGACGACGCAGCCGGGGGGAAGAUAUUUCUCUUCGAUUUAUCCAAAAAAAAGAAGAAGGAAGAAGUAGAUUUGGAGAGCUCGUGGUAGUCGUUCUUCGUUCGAGUCCCUCGUUUCCAUGGCGAUUUCUCUCUCCGCAUCUUCGAUUCCUCGCUUGAGCGGCGAGAAUCCGGCCGCCUCCUCCUCCAUGUCGCCGCUUCGGCUCCGGCUCCCGGCGGGCGCCCGCGGGUUCGGCGGCGGGGGCCGGAGGAUCUCGGUGAACUCGAAGCCUCGGGGCUUCUCUCUGGUGGUUGAAGCUAAGAAGCAGACAUAUAACUCUUUUGAUGAUCUAUUGGCCAAAUCUGAGAAACCUGUAUUAGUUGAUUUUUAUGCUACUUGGUGUGGUCCUUGUCAAUUUAUGGUUCCCAUCCUUAAUGAGGUCAGCAUUAGACUUAAUGAUACAAUUCAAGUUGUGAAGAUUGAUACUGAGAAGUACCCCAGCAUUGCUGAUAAAUACAAGAUAGAAGCAUUACCUACCUUUAUCAUAUUUAAAGAUGGGAAGCCUUUUGAGCGUUUUGAGGGUGCUCUGACAGCUGAUCAACUGAUCCAGCGGAUUGAGGAUUCACUGAAAGUUAAGCAAUAGUUUUGGUGAGCCCUAGUUAUUCUUCUAUUGCUUCCAUUGUAGACAUAUCAUGAAAACUGUCCUUUCACAAAUCCUCCAGAAUAUUGCAAUUUUCAUUCUAGAAUGAUAAUUGGUGGCCUCGGCCUUGUUGUAUGAACUUUGAAGUGUGCAUAGGAAGUUUUAUUCUCCUCUUUCCA